AUGGCAGAGCCCGAGGCCGAGGCCGAGGACCUGGAUGCCCUCAUCGACGACCUGGACUUCCUCCCCGGCCACUUCCACCUGGAGAUGCAGCUGAACUUCGAGCCGCGCUCGCCAGCCGCGCUCCGCGCCCGAGACCUGAAGCUGCAGCUGGACGGGCUGCGGCAGGAGCUCCAGCUGGCGGCCGGCGGGCAGCGCCUCGCCGUGCGCCACCUCUUGGGCACCUUCGCCUUCUACCUGGAGGACCUACAUGAGGCCCGCGAGCGCUUCCUCGAGGUGGCGGCUGAGGACCCGGGCAACCUCAAUGCCUGGGCCAAUCUGGCACAUGUGUACGGGCGUCUGGGGCAGGAGGACGAGGAGGAGACGUGCGCCGGGAGGCUUCCCAGCCUCAUGGGCCUGGCGGCUGACCCAGAGGCCUCAGGGGACCCCCAGCUCCGCGCCGCGCGCUGCCUGGCAGAGCAGGGCUAUGCACACGGCUUCGACGUGGGCUGUGCCAGCCCGGAGGAGCGCGCGCGGGUUCUGGCGGCAGGCAUCGCGCUCUACGACAAGGCGCUGAGCUACGGGCAGCAGAUCCCGAUGGAGGAGAAGAGGGGCUGGUACUUCACCAUGGCAACGCUCUUCAUCAGGCUAGAUGGCAUCUUCCUGGAAUUGGACAGUGAGGAGCAGAAGAGGCUGCCAGCCUUCAACCGCACGCUGGCCCUGCUCCGGCAAAUCCUCAAGUCCUCAGACCCCCACCACCGAGCUCUGGCCUGGUGCUACCUCGGGAUACUGCUAGAGAGGAAGGACACCUUCUCCACCACCCCCAUGGGUGUCCACGACUGCGGGUACUCGGGGACUGACCCUCUGGACUGCUUUGGCAAGGCCAUUGAGAUUGCCAAGGACCAGCCCUCCAUCCUGAAUCGCCUGGCCAAAAUCUUCCACUUCCUAGGAAAGCAGGACAUGGCCAUUGGCACAUGCAACAUGGCCCUGGAUGCCCUACGGGAUCCGGAGCUCAACUGGCAGGCGUACUACACAAGGGCCAAGAUCCACCUCAGAGUCUACCUGCAGCACCUGGAGCGGGCCAAGAUGGGGCUCGGAGGCAUGCCUGACAGGAACCACCUGGCCUGUGCCAAGGCUGACCUUGAGGAAGUGGUGAAGGUGUGCCCCGGCCUGAAGCCCUACCUGGACAUGGGGCAGGUCUACUACUACAUGGGCGUAGACGCGGUGCAGGAGCUUCUGGCGGUGGACGAGUCUGCGCUGAACCAGGCGCUGGUCUUCCUGGCCAAGGCCGGCGAGUCGGAGCUGGGUGCCACGCUGCCCGAGCUGCAGCUGCUGCGCGGCAAAUGCCUGCGCAUCAAGGGCGAGGAGGCCAACGCGGCCGCCUGCUUCAAGCGCGCAGUGGAGCUGGACGACGCGGGCUCCAGCCACACCGAGGGCUUUGGCUGCCUGCUCGAGGCGCUGCUGGCGCAGUGGAGCCAGGCGCAGCUGAGUGACGGCGAGCUGGGCCGCGAGGUGGACGCGUGGCUGCGCUGUGCCCAGGGCAAGUACCCGGCGGCGCGCCUGCGCCAGGAGCUGCAGCGCGUAUGGCGCGGCCACACCGACGAGGUGCUGGGGCUGGCCCGGGCCUUGGUGGCCCAGGGACGCCUGGCGCUAGUCCGGCUGCUCUUUGAGACCAUGGAACGCGACAUCGAGGGCACGGGCGCGCGGCGGGGCUGCCGCGCCUUCUCCUUCUGAGGGGUGUCGAGGCCCUGCCGACUGCUGAUUGGACUAGGUCUGGGCGCUGGAAAUGGCACACCCUGCUAUAGGCUGGCAGGCGAGUGGAACCAAGCAGAUUCUCUUUCAGGAAUUUGAAUGGGGACAUGGAUACAAUAGGGCAGUUUGAUGUGCCCAUGGAGACAGAAGGACCAUAAUUCAGGAAAGCAAGAGUGGGUGCAGAUGCCAGAGACCGGCGGGACACUGCCAAGUGGAGGAUAGAAUUGUGCAGAGAAAGAUGGGUGCGAGUCUCCUAAGAGAUACAGAAGAUACGUGCCACCAUUUUGGCGGUUUUCUAGUUCCCAGUGCAAUCUCUGAGGUCUGACUGCCUGUCUUUGGAUUCCCGUGAGCCACUCUCUACCUUUAUAAAAAAAUCCCUCUUUAUUUGAAUUGACUGGAGUGGUUCUCAGGUUCUGCAGCCAGCAAAGCCAUGGCUAGAUCCGAGGGCUGCACAGUGAGCGGGUAAGGAGCAGGCCAGUGGUCUACACCUGUGUGCUCAGAGCUCUUUCCUACCUGGCUAGCAGUCUUCCAGCAGACUUCGUCCUUGUUUAGCGUGGUUUGCAAGGCCCCCAGACAACCUGGAAUGAAGUUCAUCAACAGUCCGUUUGUCUUCCCUGUUCUGGAAACCCAGGGGCCCCACCCAUCAGGAAAUGCCACCUGCACGCAAUCUUGAACCUUCUACAAGAGAACGAAGAAAAUGUUGGAAUUUUACACUUUUGGAAUCAUAGUCAUAGAAUCUUAGGUGUGGAAUUUCAUUGUCAAAGACUUAGACUCUGCCACCAAAUCUUAGAAUGGCCAACCUGGAUUCUUGUGGCCCUACUUACAAGAGAUAACUUCACCUAAAAUUCCAGAUUUAGUGCUUGCCUGACUCCAGACAAGCGAGUUGUACAUAACUGCAAUGGCAAGACCCCCAUCAGGGUUUGUGAUUUAUUUUGCACUUUUUCCUUUCUUUAGAGAGUUAUACUCACUGCUUUGCUCAUAUCCCCGAUCCUUAGACAUUAAUCAGGGAUAGGCCAGCAGCCCUGCAUUGCUUCUCGUGUCUCCAGUGACAGAUGGAGAACAGACUAAGGAGUGCAGUCCUUAGAAAUCACACACUCCAACCAUCUCAUUGUGCAGAUGGGAGGACUGAGAGCCCUAGAAGGACAGGGGCUCACCUGAGGCCACACUUCCUAGCUUCCCCUCCCUUGCGUCAACAUUUUUCAGGUUUGGAUAAAUACCAAUAAACUAAUUAACACUAAGGCGCUAAGUGUUUGUGUCACUUGUCACAUGGGGCAUUGAUAUCCAUUGGGAUAGUGCUCUAACUCUAAUGGUGGCAUUCCAGGUACCUGUGAAAUCUGGGCAGUGAGACCUCCCGAAUCCCACCUCAAGGCUCAUGAUGACUCACUACUAUUGAGUAGUGACGGUGAUGUUACCCCCUCCCUCCUUGUUCUCACCUCCAUUGCAGCAGAGUGAGGAGGUGACGGACAGCAAGCAGCACACACAGCCCUGUCCACUUCUCCCCCAUCCCUUCUCCACCCACACCUGUGGCCUGUGUCCUUUCCUAGGACAGGAAACCAACUCUUUCUCGUCCUGUUCCCCUAAACAAACUAAAUUCACAGCAGUUUGCUGGCAACAUUGGGAAGUUGGUGAAGUUUGUCUGCUUCCCCAGCUUCCCAGUUUGUUUCCUUCCUUGCUUUUCCUGUUCCCAACCUUAUGCAUUUCUCCCUGCAUUGCUUCCUCCUCCUGUCAAACCCUUUGAAUAAACUUUCCAGUUGAUAAUCUCAUUCACACUAAUCAUAUAAAUAACUAACAAACACUGACUGUAGCGUCUCUUGGGGUAUCUGCAUAUUGACCAAAAGCCUAAAGAGAUAAACCCCAUUUCCAGGCCUUCCUCCUAUGUGGCAGGCACUUCAGAUGUGUAAUUCUCUCAGCAGCCCUGGGGAGUAGCAUGAUAAUCCUCAUUUUACAUAUGAGGACCCUGAGACACUGACCAAGUUCAUGGACAAGUAUGGGAAGAGUCAGGACUUGGACCAGACAUGCCUGCUCCUGUGCUGCCUUCUGGAACGCAGUCCUUCCUGGGAGAUGUGUCGUCUGAAGAGUGCACUAGUCAGUCUCUCUCUUCCCAAACUGCCUUUCUUCUGUGCCUUUGUACAUCUUAUUCCUCUACUGGCUUUUUCCCUGAGAUUUCUAUCCCAAGUGUUCAGUUCAAAGAUGCCUCCUCCAGGAAGUCUUACCAAAUCCUCCCAGCUCUCAUUCAUCACCCCUUUCUAUGCAUGGAGAGCUCUCAGGGUGUUGUGUCCCACUGUGUGGCAUUUAUUACUUCUCCCUGGAUCAUAAUUGUGUCAACAUGUCUGUUGCCCACCCCCAUCCCAACUUUGGAUUCUUUACAGCAGGAACGUCAACUAAUUCAGCUCCAAGGCCCUGCACUGAGCUUGGCACACAAGACAGGCUCAGUUUGGAUAGUUGAACUGAAUAAACUCACAGCAGUGACGUGGCUACUUUAGUCCCAAACAGGUGACUGCCUCUCAGUCAACAGGGCUGAGGUUGGGGGCCAGGUCUGCAGCCUAAGGACCUCUGAGGUCUAGAGCUCAACCAGAAAGCAUGGGCUUUCUUUCCGUCUCCUCUCCAGCCUUAGGCCAGUGCUCCAGUUCUGCAAUUGGGAAACUGAGACAAGAGAGCAAAGACUUGACCAAGGUUAAGCAAUGAAUGGAUGACAGACGCAAACUCGAACCCUGCCUCCAGAUUUGUGGGCCAGUGUCUCUGCCCUUUCAGGGCUGCCUCCUUUGCCAACUUUACUUCUAUCAAGUCCGGGAGGACUACAGGCCUUCCAUUCCUUCACACAAGUACUUACUGAGCACUGGUUGAGUGCCAAGCAUAGUGCCAAGCUCUGGGGCUCCAGUGGAGAAGAAAAUAGACCUGCCCUUGCCUUCAGGGAGCUCACAGGCUAGACCCUGCAGAGCAGGUUAUACAGGGGCUGGUGAGCCAGCUGUAGGGACUUGGAGAGACCAAUGGGAAGCUAUGGAAGGUUUUGGCUGGCAAAGCUGGCUACCCCUCCCCCUCCACACCAGGUAUGCUCAUUCUGUUAGUGGCUUUUCCCCAGCCCCGUGGGGAGGAGAGGAUGGCGGUCCCUGGGGCUCAGAAGCUGGCCCUUGGCCACCUCACCUCAGCAAGCCACCACUGAGGGCAGGCCUGGCAGUCCCCCAGGAUUGUGGCUGGCUGGUAGGAGGAGGCGGGUGGCUGGCUGAUCUUUAUUUAAUUACGAUGUUGAGCCCUGUGGAACACCCCUGCCCACGGGGCGGCUGGGAGAACAACUGUCUGUCACACAGCUAAAGCAGCAGGUAUCCUUAGGGGAACACUGCAGAGUAAAAGCCUCAGUGACCCUAUAAUCGGAGUAAUGAAGAUAAAUCACACCUCGAGCUGCCUGCACACUCCUUCCUCUGCAUCUAGCUGCCAACAUCAGGCAACCAAAACUCAUGUUUAGCCAGCAUGAGCAAGGCAUGUUAAAGAUCAUGAAAACAGGGGAGAUUUUUUUCAUUUAUAGUUUUCUAGAAUCUCAGAGUUGGGAAAACCUUAAGCAUCACCUCUUCCAGCCUCUCCAUCCAAAGCAGGACUCCUCUCAACCGUGAGCAUCCUGAACGACCUGCACACCUCUGAUAGACAGGCAGCACACGGCCUCUGGAGGGAAUCAACUCGUUUUCAAUCAGUCUGUCUUCUGAGUGUGUCCUUCUGCUGAGUCGAAAUCCUCUUUUCUGUGAUUUCUAUCUCCUGAUUUAAGUUCAGCUUCUGCGAUCACACAGAACAGACCCUAAUGAUCAUGGUGACCUUGAACAAGUCACUUUCUUCUGGCCCCAUUCUCGGUUUCUGUUGUGGCACCUAUUCAGCGUUCGAGUUGUUCAGAAGGUGGCUGGUUACUCCACCAACAGCCAGGCUGAGCUCUGACCUGGCCUCCAGCUGCUGGCACCCACCCAGGAACCUGCACAGAGGGGCUGCUUGCAGCUGAAAGCCGAACAGAACAGGGCUUCUCCCAUCCCUAAUCAGACCCCAAGGGAGCACCCUGUGUGGAUGAUGGUGGCUGGAUGCCAAAUGAAGUGAAAUAUCUCCUUUUCUCAGGCUGUUAACUUUCUUCUUGUUUAAGGAAGGGGAGGAUAAUGACAUUUAGCACUUCACAACUCAGCGGUAAAAUGAGCAGAUAGAAACAGAUCCCCAGCAUGCAGGCAUGCUGCCAGUGAGAAACCCUCCCCAGCUUCAUGGGCUGAAGUCACCGUCAAGGCUUGUUGAUGGGGUGAGGGACACAGCCAGCUCCUUCCUUCUCGCCCAGCUCCUCCCCACGGGCAGCCAUUCCAGGCUGCACAUCACAUGGGCUCUACCCAGCCCUCACUUCCUGCUUCCUGCCUCUUUUCACCCUAUUCCACCUGCCGGGAGCAUCUUUCCUACCACCCAGGUCUGCUUGGAAUAUGACCGCUGUAAUUUUGAUGAGAGGAGGGGGUGGGGGUGUUCUUGGCAAGCAGUAGUGAGCAAACAACGGUGGAGCUGUGGCAAAGCUUCAGCUGGCCUCUAGGUGGCCACAAAAGAACAAUUUGAGCAGGGAAGUCAAAGAAAAUCACCACGGUCAUCAUCAUUACUACCACAACUAUUUACUGAGAACUUGCCAUGGGCCAGUAACUGUGGCACGUGUUUCAUCCACCUGACCCUAUUUAAUCCUCACAAGACCAUGAGCUAUAAUCAGCAUUGUCUCCAUUUUACAGAUGAGGAAACUGAGUCUUGAAGAGGUUCAGUAACUUUCCUAAGGUCCCUCUCCACUGCCUUGAAUAGCAGGCAGGCUAAAGAGUACUAAUGAAUGGCUUUCUAACUAUUUGGGGUUUAGAUGAUAACUUUCUCUUCUAUCACAUACGUUGGUCUAUAAACUGAACACUAAAAAAUAUCAGGGGUGGGGUUGGGGGCCGGCCUGGUGACUCAGGUGGUUGGAGCGCCGUGCUCCUAACACCAAGAUCCCCGGUUCGAUUCCGAUAUGGGCCAGUGAGCUGCGCCCUCUACAGCUAACAUUGUAAACAACGGCUCUCCCUGGAGCUGGGCUGCCGUGAGCAGCCGGAGCUGGGCGGGAGCUGCCAUGGGCUGCUGUGAGCUGGCGACCUACUGCCUCAGCCACGGGGAUCGCAAGGCUCAUAAUACCAGCAUGGGCCAGGGAGCUGUGUUGUGUCCUACACAACUAGACUUGAGAAACAACAGCUUG